AAGCCAAGUGAUCCAACCAUGACGGGCAAAACACAGACGAGCAAUGUCACCAAUAAGAACGACCCAAAGUCCAUCAACUCCAGAGUCUUCAUCGGUAAUCUGAACACAGCUAUUGUCAAAAAAGGUGACAUCGAGGCAAUCUUUGCAAAGUACGGGAAGAUCGUGGGCUGCUCGGUGCACAAGGGUUAUGCCUUCGUACAGUACAUGAGCGAGAGGCACGCGAGGGCCGCCGUGGCAGGAGAGAAUGCCAGGAUCAUUGCGGGGCAGCCACUAGAUAUCAACAUGGCAGGAGAACCAAAACCAUACAGACCAAAACCUGGCAACAAGAGGCCGCUUUCAGCACUUUACAGACUUGAAUCAAAGGAGCCUUUCCUGUCCGUUGGUGGUUAUGUCUUUGACUAUGACUACUACAGAGAUGAUUUCUACAAUCGGUUGUUUGAUUACCAUGGCCGUGUCCCCCCACCGCCCCGUGCAGUGAUUCCACUCAAACGUCCUCGUGUGGCUGUGACAACAACUCGUAGAGGCAAAGGGGUUUUCUCCAUGAAGGGAGCAUCACGAUCCACUUCAAGCGGGGCUUCUUCCUCAGGAUCCAAAUUAUGUCCUGGGAACUUCAUCUUCCUCUUCGUGCAUCUUUCAGCACCCACCUGUCUUCCCCUGCCCCUUAUGUGGAGUGAUACUGUCCUUGGAAGCGCCACUGGAAGAGGAAGAGAAAGAUCAGUGAAAUCAGAUGAGUUGCAAACAAUCAAGAAAGAGUUAACUCAAAUCAAAACAAAAAUUGACUCCUUGUUAGGGAGACUGGAAAAGAUUGAAAAGCAGCAAAAAGCUGAAGCAGAAGCCCAAAAGAAACAAAUGGAAGAUAAUGCUGAUUUGAUUCAAGAGGAAUGCAUAUCAGAGAAUGCAGAUAACUCUACGGAAGAGCCAAUUGAAGGAGGGCCAGAUGCAGAUGGGGAUGGAGAAGAUAUGACUGAUGGGAUAGAGGAGGAUUUUGAUGAGGAUGGCAGCAAUGAGCUGUUUCUACAGAUCAAGUGAUGAAAUGUCAUGUGUGAACCCCGUGAAGGCUGAGAAGAGAAACUCUGACUUCCCCACAGAAAAUUGUGAACUGCAGUUUCUUACUGGCUGACAACACCUUUGACUCAAUUUGUAUGAAACCCAAUUUACUUAUUAAAAUGGACAUUAUUGUUCAAAUAUUAGAAACUCCAUUUCUUAUAUGUUCUAAGCUGUACAAUUGUCAGAUUUUUAUGGUUUAGAUUGUAAAUGUGGUUUUCUCUGGCUAAUUAUUGGUAUUAUUUUUUUAAUUUUGAUGUCUUAAAGGCCAAUGUACUGUAUCAUAAUAAUAUGAAGGACGUAUUUAACAGGUGUGGAAAACACUGUAUACAAAUGUAUAUUUCUAAAAGCUAUUUUUAUGAUUAGCACGUUUUACUGUUUUACCAUAUUUAGAGUCAGGUGAUAUUGCACUUCUUUGUUUACUGCUUAGUACAAACAAGACCAUUUUGACCAGUGCCACAAUUAAAUACAUUGUAUGGUAUUUUCCAUUAUUUUAUUUCAUUUAUUUGUCAUUGGAAAUAAUUACAUUUGGUAAUAGAAUAGCUUCUAAAAAGUGGAAAUGUCAAAAUAAGAGAGCAAUCCUUGAUAAACUGUAAAUUGCAUCCUUCUGUAAAUCCCCUUCUUCAGAUAAGCCCUCUCUGUGAUGCCAUUCAUCAGACAGUUGUUACAGCUGCUCUUGCAAAUCUUUAAAGGCAGUUUGUUGCUACCAUAUGGAAAGUCAGCCAGCCUGCUGUCUAGCCAGAAAAAUUACUUAUAGCCUGCCAAUAUCUGACAGCCUGAGUUAGCCUACUUAUUACUUUUUGGGUUCUUUUCUGGCAGUAGUCUUUCCACCCACAAACUCCUAAGGCCCUCCCAAAAGCCUGAAGUUGGAAUAAUUAAUUACUACAAAUGUAGGGGAAAUCUCAGGAUAGAAUUUCUUAAUAAAUCAUAUUUCCUUUCAAACAGAAUGGAUGCAUUAUUUCUCUUGUGUUACUGACACAUUAAAGGUAACAAAAGCAUUGGGCAUAAGGACUUCUUCCCCUAGAAAAGUACCAACUUGUUCACCAUCCCAAAGUCAGACCUCUUUAGCAUUGCAGAUGACACGAAACAAGGAAUAUGUAUUUAUUCAUCCACAUCUUUAUGUGAGUGGUGCUCAUAUAGAAAGAGACAUGUCUUUAAAGUGAUUGCAGGGUAAACAAAUUAUUUAUUAGCUACAGCCUCCCAAGAGGGAGAGGCAUUAAUUUAAGAAGUAUCUUACACAGUCAAAUGGAGCACAGACCCAGUCUGCAGCAUUAAGCCCUGAUCACUGAGCUCCAUGACUGGGGUACUUACAAAUUCAGAUCAUCCAGCGCUACAAAAAUGAACUUUUGCCUUGCCCUUUCAAACAUUCUCUGUAGGCUGAAAACGAGAGACAACAAAAGGUACCAGAGAGGCUUUUUAAAAGAUCUAACUUUAAAUAUCUGUUUUAAAAAGCAGUUUCUGAGAUGACAGGUUCAGCUCAAGCAGUGCGGGUGUAAGCCGGUGGGAACUCAAGGUCUCUGGUCAGGUUUCUGGCAUGGGGACCAUCAACAAGGAAGGACUGAUAUUUUUUAAAAAUUUGGAAGCAAAGCAUACAUUUUAAUUACCUAUUACUGAGUAAGAAUUUUUUUCACUAGGUAGCUGUGUGACAUUGCACCCUCAGUUACGUUUGUGUACCUUAUAUUUAGCUUGUCUAUUGUACGUGGAGUUACGUGGUUUACUUAAGUGCUGAGUAGUACCCAGCUCCUUAAAUAAGGAAAGACUAGUGUAAGCAGUUACACCUGAGCAUAAAGCACUGCAGCUUCAGAAUUUAUCAGGGCUGACUCUCCAAGAAAAGUGCAGGAAAAAAAUAUUACUCCUUGUAAGUGAAAUGUUAGGUCAAAUUAGAGAGAGAAAUACUUCUCCUUUUUCUAUCUCUUAAUAUAGGUUAUGAACAUUUUUAACUGUAAAAAUGCAAAAAGAACUGCCAUUUUGGGAUUUUUGUCUUUGGCUGACAGUUAAAAAAGAAAGGAACUCCAAACUUCAGCAGCUCAAGGUGCAUUUGCACCAUUUAAGUCACAUAAACUGUUGGCUGACUUAAAAGAUGCAGAAAAUCAUCCAAGGAAAUCAGUUCUGAUAUUUGUGUUAACAAACUAGACAUGAGAAACAUCUAGGUGUAUUGUCUCUUCACCAUCUCCAUUCCAAAUGAGCCAACACUCACAGAAAGCACUCUGAGAUUUUUACACACUCUUUACAGUCAUUACCUUUUCAGUUUAAACUCACAGAAAUUAUUGCACAAUCAUAAUGUUGACACUGUUUCACACCACAGCUUAGGUCCUGAAUAUAUUUUGAACACAAAAGUCAUCUCUGAUGACACCAUGAGGCACUAUUUCAUUUGCAAGCCAGAAGAUUGUUACCCCCAUGCAGUCUAUUACUAGUAAGGUUUCUCAAUGGCAUGUUUGCUUAAAAUCACUCCAGAGGAUGCUGGUAGCUUUGACAGAGCUUAAUAGUUCUCUGCUGUCCAUGUAUGCAGUAUGCUUGGUGUUGUCUGCCAUCACCUGUUACUUGUUUGACACAAGUUUUGUCAGUUGUGGGAUUUUUCAGCAUUGCUCAUCCCUUGCAAUACGGAGGAAUAGGAAACAUAAAAGAUCUUGUCAAUCAGUUUGGACAGUCAACAGUCAUAAAAUCCUUUACAGACAGUCCUGAAUCAAACCAAUUCAUUUUCUACACAGAUAUAUAUGUGUAUUUCAGAUGUUUUGUUUCAAACAUGGGCAGCUGCAUGAAUGGAAAAUGUUUACUAAAAAGCUUUAAAGUUUGGAUCAAGAAAAAAUAUUUUUACUUUUGUAAACCCUUGUAUUACAUAUUGUUGCAGUUCCUAUUAAUUUUCUCUGUAGAUCCAUUUUUAGUUCUGAAAAAUCACUGUACUUAAGCUAUGUAGAUAACUAUAAUCUUGUUAGCAGUCCUAUUUUUAAUUAGUGCCACUGUAAUUUAGAUUUGAAACAUUCAGAGUUUGCCCACUAGAGCAGAUUGAUGGUUCAUUACAGUUUUCUUUAAAAUGUUGUAACAUAAUUUUUACAUGUCUGUAAAUAAAUAUUUUCUCUGAUUUA